AUGGCGGCGGCGGCUACGAGAGUGAUAACAUCAUCUAGCCACACCAUUAACACCACUCUAUUCUCCAAAAGUCUAUUCACUGGAAAAUCUCAAAAUCUCAGCCUUCGGUUCAAAAACAAUGUGCAGAAGAGGCGGCUCUUCACUUGCCGUGCCAUUUACAAUCCCCAGGUUCAAAUAAAAGAGGAAGGCCAGCCGGAAACCCUUGAUUAUCGUGUAUUCUUUGUCGACAAUUCUGGGAAGAAGAUUUCCCCUUGGCAUGAUGUACCAUUGCGCUUAGGCGAAGAAGUAUUCAAUUGCAUUGUUGAAAUUCCGAAAGAAUCAAGUGCGAAGAUGGAGGUUGCUACAGAUGAGCUAUUUACUCCCAUUAAGCAAGAUACAAAGAAGGGAAAACUUCGAUAUUACCCUUACAAUAUAAAUUGGAAUUAUGGAUUGCUUCCACAAACAUGGGAAGACCCAUCAUUUGCAAACACUGAAGUUGAGGGGGCAUUUGGAGACAAUGAUCCCGUUGAUGUUGUUGAGAUUGGGGGAAGACAAGCCAAAAUUGGAGAAAUUUUGAAAGUCAAGCCCUUGGCUGCUUUGGCCAUGAUUGAUGAGGGAGAACUUGACUGGAAAAUUGUAGCAAUUUCACUGGAUGAUCCAAGAGCUUCCCUUGUCAGUGACAUUGACGAUGUUGAGAAGCAUUUCCCGGGAACUCUUACUGCAAUCAGAGACUGGUUUAGGGACUACAAAAUCCCUGAUGGCAAACCUGCUAAUAAAUUUGGUCUUGGCAACAAGGCAGCAAACAAGGAUUAUGCUCUUAAGGUUAUUGCCGAAACCAACGAGACUUGGGCUAAACUUGUGACAAGAUCCACUUCUCCUCGUGAGCUUUCUCUUCUAUAA